GGCUCAUGGAUCUUCUCAGCAGCUGGCAUCCAUGUGCUACAGGAUCGGGCGAUCGACAGCAAGCAACAUCCUACGGGAGACGUGCUGGGCACUGCACCAUAUACUGGACCCAUUGUACCGCCCGGCCCCCGACACUGCCCAGUGGGAGCGGAUCGCAGCAGAGUUCGGCAGGCUGUGCAAUUUCCCAAACUGUGUCGGAGCCCUGGACGGCAAGCACGUGGCCAUCCAGGCCCUGUCCGGUGCGGGCUCCGACACCUUCAACUACAAGGGGUUCCACAGCACUGUACUCAUGGCCAGCUGCGAUGCCACUUACAAGUUCACUCUCGUAGACGUUGGGCAGCCGGGGCAAUUUAGUGACGGGGGAGUGUUCAGAGAGUCUGAAAUGGGGCGGUCUAUGCUAACGGGGGAACUUGGUCUCCCGCCAGCUGGGCUCCUACUCCAAACAGAAACCAAGCUGCCUUUUGUAUUCGUGGGCGAUGAGGCGUUCCCCCUGCUCCCUAACCUCAUGCGCCCUUUUCCCAGGAGAGAACUGCAGUUACUCUCUCGAGUGUUUAACUACAGACUCUCCAGGGCAAGGAGGAUCAUUGAGAAUGCCUUUGGCAUCUUGGUGGCGAGGUGGCGCAUUUUCAGACAACCAAUCCAGGCUUCUGAGAAAACCCUGGAGGCCGUUGUUUGGGCAUGCAUCAACUUGCACAACUACUUGAGGGUGUGUGAUGAGAGUGAGCAGGGACAUUGCCGCUACUGCCCUCAAAACUACGCUGACCACGAGACCCCUUUGGGUGGCGUGGUGAGCGGUGGCUGGAGAGCUGAUGUAAAUGAUGGCACUGCCCUGUCAGAUGUAGGUUGCAUCAGCUCGACUGUGCCUGGCGACAGGGCUAAAGCGGUGAGGGACGCCUUCAGCAGGUACUUCUGCUCUCUCACUGGUGAAGUGCCUUGGCAGUACAGUGUAGUGUUCAGGGGCUCAGCACCCAACGCUUAAAGGGACAAUGCAACAAUUUUAGGUUCGAAAGAAUUUGCAGUUCUUAAUUUUUACAUUACCUUACCACGAGGUAUAGAGAAACCACCUUUCUUGUAAAAUAUCGCAAUUCCAUUGUGUAUUAGCAAAUAAACAAACAAGGAACAUUUUACUAUUUACAGCUGCAAGUGGCGGCCAUGGGAGCUAUGGCAUGACACCAACCUCGGUGCAUUGUAAUAACUUGGCAAGAUGUGCUACUAUGUGCUCAAUAUCUAAUGCUAUCUUUCAUAAAUAUUGUCGUUUCAACAUGAGUAAAUGUCUGCAAAUCCUCAUAUCAUUGAAAAAACGGCACUAUAUUCAGUUCUAUGUCACUUUUUUAUUUUUAUUUUAAACAAACUUACGCGCAGAAGCAAACUUGGUUUUCAGCUCCUUUGCUCCACACAGGACAGGGAAAACUACCACAAUUAUUUGAUUGAAGUCCAAAAAUUGUUGCACGGCCCCUUUCACUCUUUCGGUAACAUUCCCCAGUCUUUUAAACAUUGUAAAUUGAAUACAUAUAGGGUCCUUGCACUUGAUGCCAUUAUAGUUGGAAAUCCUAGCGGCAUAUUAAAGGGCCACUCCGCUUCAUAUUUGUUUUUGAAAAACCAAUGCAGUCCUCUUCAGUAUCACCUAGGAAGACCACACGUCAAAUAUUACGACGUAGUUCUCUAAAUGUUCCUUAAAGGGUGCGGCAAACUUAGCAACUCGCCAAGUUGCCGAAAUUGGCCGACUCGAGCGGGCGAAUUGAGGCGCAACCAACAGCGUAGCCAACUUUGAGCUAAACGUCAUUACCAUUGCCCCCAGUUUUUACUUCUCCGGGCAAGCGUAAUGUGUAACGUCAGCAACGUUUCUUCUUAGCGCUAAGCGGUGCCCGCAUGAUUGGUGUAAUGCGCCUGCGCAACACGUUUCUUGGGAGCCGUCUGGUCGCCUCGCCGUUACCGCCAUCUCUCGCGUCUCAACCACCCUCGUCGUCUCCCUGUUUGUGAUUAUUGUCUCUCGCAAUUUAGUCCACACUACAGCCACUACGUGUGCAGACUUAUGCCGUAGUUGGGCAGACGUCGUUGAAUGCUGUAAACACCAAAACUUGGUGAAGAUUGUGGUACAGACGACACUUGCGCCUGACACAGGCCCGCCCCAAUUCCAAUCCUGCCCGUUGUCGUGUAGAGGAUCACGGGACAUGUUGUACCAUGUGAUAGCCAUGUUCUUGGCGGCCCGAGGCCAAUGUUGCCAAACGGAGCCGAAGUUUCGGUUUCAAUUUUUGCUCGUGUUUAAAAUGGGACUUUAAAAUAUAUAUUCCAUUUUUCACAAUGCAAAUGAUGUAGUGUUUUUUACUAGGGCUUUUUAAUGCGAAAUCACUCAUCAUGUCAAAGUAUUUGAAAUCAAGCGGAGUUGCCCUUUAGAGAAAAAUGAUGAAGUCUAAUGUUAAUAAGCCGUCUGCGGUAUUGCUGGUCACACAUUGUACCAUUUUCCCUAUUCAUUUUGAAUGUAAGCAAUUCUUUGCUAACGUCAUCCUAGAUCCCAGACUAACUUUGUUUUUGUUUUUCUGAGCUGCCUCAGUGGGCUUGACGGUGACUGCAGAAGCCAUUUCAGUAAGCAAAACCAAAGUCUUGAGGCUUGUCUUAGGUUUGAGUGAAGACCGGUACGUAUAAAAAUUGAGCACCAGCGACUUGUGCGGCUGGCACAGUUAAUUGUGACGCAAAGAACUAGCGUUCUGGAAAACAGUGCCUUUGCACAUAAAAAGGCAUAAAACAAAAGCAGACGAAAGUGAACAUGGAUUCCAACAAGAUUUCAAGCCAGGAAUAUUCUUUCAUCAUGGUCUCGUGCAAGGACCCUAAGAAAAUCUUAGUGACACUAAAAAAAAAGUAUGUUGGUUAUAUUUCUCCAUUUCAAGUUUGUUGGAUGCUUUCUCUCCUCUUGCCUGUAAUGCAAUUUUUUUAAUUGUGUAAGCAUAACAAAACUUUUUUUUUCUCUUUACUUUGGGAGGCAAGCACUUGUCAAGCAAGAAACUAAUUGUUCUUCUGCUUUCUCUCCAAAUUAAUUAAAUUGUGAUUUCCUACCUGUGACUUGGAAUCAAUUCUACAAUUGCAAUGUGUCCAUUUUUGAUAGCCUCUUGGAUUGAGCAGUCUGGAUCGGUGAAGGAUCACAGAAUGUUUUGUUCAGUUUACACUUAAAUUUAAGGGUAACUCUGGUUAAUUACGAAGAUUUUCAGUCAAUGGUUGAUUAGAUGUCAAACCUUAUCUCACAACUGCUCCCCAUUGAAAUAUUUUCAUGCAAUCUUCGUUUGAAGUUUACCACAAACCUACCCUGAGCCGUGAACUCGGACGAUGCAGAAGUAACAAUGCCUGCCUGCGGCAGGCAUUGUUACUUUUGCAUCAUCACAGGCAUGGUUUACCACUACAAACUGCAACGUUAUGUGGGUGGCAGGCCGCUGUGCAAGGGUGCGUGUUUUCUGCUCUAUCUGCAGUCAGUUACAUCCGACGAUGCUUGAUGGACUGUCUUGGCAACUGCGUUUUGAUCAGGAGGCUUGGUCAGAGAACUGAUAUUAUUCUACGUCGGUGUGGUGUUACUUUUUUCCCCGUGUGCAAAUAGAAAUUUAAGAA